AUGACCCACUGCAGUGACAAUGACGAGCAGAGGGAUGAAGGAGCAGAAGAGAAGCCCAACAAGAACCAGAAGAAGAGAAGUAAAGGAGGAAAACAUGUGUCUUUCCCCCCUGACGGACAGAUAGUGUCUGGCUUUGCUGACCACAAGAAAACUGACAGAACGGUUGACAGCUGCCCCACCUUGACAGAGGUAAUGGUGGCUUACCAGCAGAGCUGCAGCAGACACCAGGUCCAACCCAGAGAGCACAUCCUGCAGCAGCUCCAGGGUGGCAUGGAUGGAGAGGCCGUAGGAAAAAAAAAGAGAGACCGGGGAGUGUGGAUGGUGUACUGCUGGUGCCAGAUAUGUGUGUGUGUGUGUGUGUGUGUGUGUGUGUGUGUGUUCACGCCUUUCCCUCACACCUCCUGCUUCUGCCCCUCUCUCUCUCUCUCUCUGUCUCUCUCUCAGCAGGGUGUGUGUGUAGGUGGCAGCGUUGAAUGUCUGGAUCUCAAAGGUGAGCGAUUAGACCACCGCUCCUGUGAAGCUCUGGAAGUCGUCCUGAAAUCGCUGCACUUUGAUUUCAUCAAUCUGCAGGCAGCCCAACUGGAAGAAAAUAGUGUGCGUCUGUCCAGGCUGGAUGUGUGUAAUGUGUCUGUGGUUGACUAUCCGGCUCAGUCACUCUCUAAAGCUCUACAGUCCAGCCGGCUCAGAGUGCUGCACCUUCACAACGCCCAGCUCAGCGGGAUGCCACUGUACGCACUAGCUGGUGCACUGAAGACAAACAGGGCUUUGCAAGAGCUUCACCUUACCAGCAACCUGUUGAAUAGCUACCAGGAUGCCUUGCAGUUGGGAGACCUUCUACGAUACAACACGACUUUGCAGACACUGGAACUUAGCAACAAUGCUGUAGCAGAUACUGGUUUGGAGGAGCUGUGUGAUGGUCUUAGAUGCCAAAGCGUAGGUCUGAAGGUCUUGCUGCUGAGGAACAACAAGAUCACUGUGAAAGGAAUGAAACAUCUGGCCAAGGCCCUGCCAGUCCUGAAGGUCUUGCAGGUCCUGGAUUUGGGUGAAAACGAUCUGGGGGACGAGGGGAUCCUGGUCAUCAAGGAGCCUCUGAUGGUGAACUGCUCAAUGCUGCAGCUUGGCCUGGCCCAGGCCAACAUCACCUGUGAAGGGGCUGUGGCGUUGGCAGAGUUCCUGGCAGAGAGCCACCAGAUUCAGAGACUGGACCUCCGUCAGAAUGAGGUGAAGGUUGGAGGCCUUAUGGCGCUAAGCUUGGCCCUGAGGAUAAACCGCUCUCUUGCCAGUCUGGAUGUGGAUGACAUACCUCCAGAGGAGCAGGAUGAGUUUCUGAAGGAGACCGAGAUAAGACUUCAGUCAGAGAUCUCUCAGCGCUGCCUAGCCAACGCCAGCCGCCUCAGCCUUGCUACAGAGACUUCUGAGGCCUCAAUGGCCGAGGCCGAGGGCAGUGUAUCUACAGUCUGAGCUGUCUCUCUCACACACACACACAGGAUGGAAACAGACUAACCUUGUACAGAUCACCUCCGAAACCAUGCAUGGAUUCAAUCACACAUACCCUGUGUCUCAGUGUCCCCUAUCUAAACAGCUGACUAUAUGCGAAUAAUAAUUCCAUCGCAAAUAAUGAUAACCAUAAAACUCCAAAUCCGGGUAAUAAAGGCGGAGUAGAGCUUCCUAACGAAACGCUGGCCUCCCCGCUGCUUCCAGCCUAAUGUUCCCGCCGAGCUGCUCGCCACUUUCCAUAAAGCAAUUUUGCAAGCCCACUUCAGACGUGAAUCACCUGGAAAUGAAGAGAACUAAACCCCUACCCCACCCUUCUGGACUCCACCACCAUCCGCCCACCACUCCUCAUUCUUACAACACUCGCACCAGAUCACUAUGUGUGCCGCAAAUCCCUGUUUGCUUGCGUUCCAUCAUCACUUAAUGUUCAUAGUGAUGCAUUGCGGGACACUCCUUGUUGUGUGUGUCUGUGUGUGUGUGCGUGUAGCGAUGUAGCGUCGUUACUCUGACAGAGGUGGCAGCCAUGAAUUCAGCCAGGAUCCAUCUGCAUUUAUCAGCUGAGAAGCAAGGGAAAGACGUUCAGCAGCAGUACAAUGUAAGACCUGGGCACGGUGUGUAGCCCUGCAGUAAACAGAAGAGCUGAGGUGUCUGUCAUGUCUGCAUGACUUCAGAAACUUGAGUGGAAACAAAAGCACCGAUCACGGCGUCUGCAAGCAAUGGGCGUACACACACACGCGGUAUGCCCUAUGGACUAUUUUAAAGGCUGACCUUUAAACCAAAGGGGGAUCGGUACUCUGAUCCCAGUGCAUCUGAGAUAACUCAGUUCUUGCUUCUGCACUUUGAAGUUAACUGAUUUAAAAAAAGGGUUCGUGGAAUUAGUUUUGAAGAGGGUGUAUGACCCGCUUGUGUGUGAUUAUACAGAGUGCACUGUAAGCUUUCACCAACGAGGGAACUCUGUUGGAAGUUUUGGAACUGGUGUGUUAACUCUAUGUACAAGCAUUUAAUGAAUGAAUGGUCUACUACAUGUAUUCAUGUCACAGAUUAGUACUAAUAAUAAGUGUAUUAUCAGUGGAUACAGUCCCAGUGGAUCUGCACUUUCUGCCGUGGUCUUGAGGCUACAAGAUGUACAUAAAAGUAUGCUGUGGAUAGACUCAGUGGGCACAUGUGCUGUGAUCUGCUGUGCUGGAUGUGACAGUCUGAGUGCAGCCAGCGCUGCUUCCCAUCCACCACCACAUCACAAGAUCCAGUGACUGACAGAUGAGAUCAGACGAGGGGAUUUAGCAGGGGAGAUCUCUGCUUCUUUCCCUGGGAUCCGUGGUUCACACCCAGUGCACCUAUAGAUACAUCCACACACCCUCCCAGAUGACACUCCACUGCCCCCCGAGGCCGAGUGGGAGGUGUGUGUGAUUUUACUGUGUGCGCAUGGAAGCAGACUGACAACAGCAUGUGGUCGCCAACAUGACUCACGCCCCCCACCCCCAUUUUAACGUUUCAGCUCCACGUCUUCAUCCUCCUCCUCCUCGACCUCUAUCAUAACCCAUGUGGGCAUGGCGCCCUACCAACCUCCCUCUCCUCCAGCCAAAGUGGCCCCAUGACUAGUUUCAAGCCCAAACCGGAGCCCACUCACUGGAGUCCCCCUCCUUCCCCCUCACCAGCCCAACCCUCCCUGAAGCCUGGGCAAUCUGAACCUGAUCCAGUCCUGAUGGCAGAGGCAGACAAAGCAGAUGCCUGGGCAGUGGGAGUAGGGCAGGGUCCAUGACAGGACCAGACCUACUUUAUCAUAGUUAGGGAGGAGUGAGGGCAAGGCAUGAAAAUUAUGAUGCACACAAAUUGCUCUUGUGCUGUAUCAUAAAGAUAUCCUAAUAUAAAUGACGCUUACUGAGAUAACAAACUUCUAACUGGUUUAAAUUCUAUUAUAUCAUAUCUAACUUAUUAUAAUAAAGUUCUGCCUACUGUACUACACCUGCAUGUGAAUAAGUAACACAACUGACGGAAGUUCAGAAAGAGUCACUGUAAGAACCUGAGUGAACCUAAGAGUGUGUAUUUUUAUUGUAUGUUCAAUAAGAUGUUGAAAAUGUUAAAUAAAAGUGUGCUCACUGCAUGAAUAUAAAUAAAA